AUGAAACCAGAGCAUCAGCUGAGCGAACUCAUCAGAACCUUCCCGGGCCCCGAUGCCGACACUAUUGCUUUUGAGCGCAUCAUUAGACGUCGCCAGGUGGAUGUCCCUGUCAACCUGCGCCUUUGCUUGACUGGCUAUGAGAUGAACCACCCGGGGCUCACUGAGAGCAAGGUCCAGCGCACUCUGCAGUACUACGGCGUCGACACCCUUGAUGCCCAGUACCUUGCCCAGGAUGUCCUCCAUUGUCGCAAGAACUAUGAUUACUGCAAGAUGCUGGCGGAAAGGGAGGGAACGGUCUGGCCCCUGGAGGAUGUUAUACAGAAUGGGAAGACGGAACGGGAGGCAGAGCCCACCUCUAUGUCCAUCAUCAUCCUGAUGAGUAUCGGCAUCGUGCUGGUCUUGGUCGUCCUCUUCUGCCUUUUCAUCAAGGCUGACGCCUGGAUUCUCCCUCAGCUCUGA